GUCGAAUUCGAUACCAUGACGACCGCAGACAACAACAUCACCGGCAGACUGGUGCUCAUCACUGGUGCCUCGGGCGGCAUCGGGUCAGCAUGUGCAAGACAGUUCGCCUCGCAUGGCUGCGACCUCGCUCUCACAUACGCAUCGAAUAAAGACUCAUUAGAAGCGCUCGUGAAAGAAUUGUCCUCAUCGAAUGACAAGCUGAAGAUAACGAUGCACCAAGCCGAUCUGGCCUCGCCAGAAGCUACUACAAAACUCACCGAAGAAGUCCAGAAAGACCACGCCCGUGCUGUUGACAUUCUGGUCUCGAACGCUGGCUACGGCAAGCGGAUACGAGAUGUUUCUGAUAUCCCAUUGAGCGAAUUCGAAGUCACACUCAAUGUGAAUCUCCGAGCGCCGUUCCUGCUCGUGAAAGGCGUGGUGGACGGCAUGAAGGCACAGAAAUGGGGUCGUAUCAUUUUCGUGUCAUCAAUAGCAGCCUACGGCGGAGGCAUGAAUGGUUGCCACUAUGCUGCAUCAAAAGGUGGCUUGAUGGCGAUGAUGAAGAAUCUCUCCACCACGCUCGCGCCUUACAACAUUGCUGUGAACGAUGUGGCUCCUGCAAUGGUUGGCAACACCGGUCUGCUGCCUUCUGGUGACCAGUUCCCAGGCCUCGUGGACAGCAUUCCCUUCCACAGGCUAUGCGAGCCCGAAGAAGUUGCGAACGCAGUGACGUUUUAUGCUCGAACCGGUUUCACUACGGGGCAAAGUAUUGUUAUUGCAGGUGGCUUGAAGUGAGGCAUGAGCGGACUGUGUCUGUCGCAGAACCGGCGCCAAGAAGUACCCGUGGAUGGAUAUUCGAGAGGUAGACGUAAAUGGCAACAGAACAAGAAUAUCUGCAACGCG